AUGUCGACACCACUCUUCCCUCAAGCACUCAGCACUUCGUUUGCACACAGGCUAGCUCAAUCCAGCAACGCUCUCUUUUCCAAUCUAGCCACUACGAGGGCUGCCAAGAGACAGGCCUCUUCUAAGCUCAACUAUGCCGAGGACCUGAACGACGAUUUUGAUUUCGAGGACAAUGUUGCCAAUCCGUCCAAUCUUGUAGAUGGUACGGCCCAUUUCAACGAUGUCGAUAUUGGGAACUAUACCAACAAUGCCUCCAACGAUGCAGAAUUUGACUUUGAGGUGCAAUACGACGACAAUUCCAAGACUCACACCCGUAAUGCCAAAGCCAAUCAUGAUUAUGAAAAUGACGACAACGAGGACGAUGAAGACUAUGUUGAUGACGAUGAAAGCAAAGAUGCAACUUAUGAGGAUCCAAAUGCUGCGUAUGAUAUCUACAGGAACUUGAUUCUCAAUUCAACCAACUCUAAUAAUACAAAAAUCAACCUAUCAAGCAUCCAGGGUAAUAAAGAGGCACCAAGGGAAUUGCCACCCCUGUGUUUUUCACCUGAAGAAGUUUCUACAUUGCAGGAUUCCAUAAUCAUCCCUAUCAAGUUGAAGAUAACUACACCUGGUGCCGUUAUAAAUGAUCAAAUCUUAUGGAAUUUAAAUGAUGAGUUAAUUACCCCAGAAAUAUUUGCCUCUAUGAUGGCCCAAGAUUUGGAUUUGAAUAGGAACACUGAACAGGCCAUUGUGUCUAACAUCAAGGACCAGAUCCAAAACUAUAAGGAUUUGAUAUCAAAUCCAAACAACUCCAUAAUUGAUCAGUUUUUACGUAACGAAAAGGAAUUUCAUGCAGUGCUAGAUAUCUCAUGCAAUAUAGGGGAGGAUUUUUUUACGGAUAAAGUUGAAUGGGACUUGCUUGAUAAUACGGUGACGCCGGAAAUGUUUGCAAAAACCAUUGUUGCAGACAUUGGGCUAAAACCUGAAUUUGAGACAGCAAUUGCGGUUGCAGUAUAUGACGAGAUCUACAAGUUCAAGAGAGAACUGAUUGAAAACCCCCAACAAGUCUCGCAAAAUAUAGAUUCUUUGCCAUUUUUCAACCUCGUUAACUCCGACGAUGCCUCCAAGGGUUACGUACAGGGAUUGCGAUACGACGUGAGGAAAUACGGCGAAGAGUUUGUUCCAAGUGUGGAGAAACUCAGCGAGUGGGAGAUUGAGAAGAGAGAGACAGAGAAGGAGAGAAACCUCCGUAGACGGAAGAGAGAGACCCUGAGAGUGUCUGGCAUUGUGCGUUGA